AUGCCUAGACUAUUACUCAUCGCCUUACUUCUAGGUAUUAGCUAUUCUUUUGAUGUUGUGAUCCCUACCCAAGUUGAGCAAUGCUUUUACGAAGACCUGGCUCCUCAAACUCUCAUAGUAGGUGAAGUUCGCUCAAAAAAUCCUAGCAAAGCUCUUUCAGUGAAAGUACGUGACCCAACUGAUCUCCUUUUGUUUGAGAAAUCUCAAGUAGAUUACGCUAAGUUCUCUUUUACUUCGCUGGAGUCAGGAAUUUAUCAAAUCUGUGUAUUAAAUAGCGGCCCAGCCAUAGCCACGUCAGUCGAUGUGAAAACUGGAGUCAAUGCAAAAGAUUACUCUGCAAUAGCUUCAACGAAGGAGCUAAAAGAUAUUGAAUUAAAGCUGAGAAAGCUUGAAGAUCAAACUAAACAAAUACAUACCAAAGUCCAAUAUCUUAGAGAAAGAGAAGAAGAAAUGAGAGGGACCAACCAAACCAUCCACAACAGAGUUAUAGGGUACAGUAUUUGCACACUUGUUUUUCUGGUUGCACUUGCAUUAGUGCAGAUUCUUUACUUAAAGAGAUUCUUCAGGGCUAAAAAGAUGAUAUAA